AUGUCACACCCAUCUUGGAUCGGAGGGCUGGCAGUCGUUCAAGGUGGUGUACCUGCGCUUGAAAUGGAUCCCCGAGGUCGGGACACUAGUGACCGCGCAGUGCCAGUCCGGAAGGGUCACACGAAGAGCCGCAAUGGGUGUAUGCAAUGCAAGAAGCGCAAAAUCAAAUGCGGAGAAGAAAAGCCAUGUUGCGCGAACUGCUCGCAUCGCGGCAAUUCAUGCGAAUACGCUGAGCUUUUCCGCGCCUCCUCUGGCAAAUUGGCAGGCCAUAUUCGAAAACACCAACCAAUAUCAAUCUUCGUCACGAAUCUAGGCGCAUCAGACUUCGCGGCUCGAUCUCCCGAGAUGCGCUUCUGCCUCAGGGAGAUGCGCUUCUUCCACCAUUUCAUCAUGAAUGUCCCGCACCCCCUACCACUCGGCAACCGCAAAAUCUGGGCCAAUGACAUCCCACAGAUUUCCCACCAGCAUAAGUAUCUGAUGCAUGCCAUGUUGGCCCUUGGUGCAGCAGAGCUUAACAUCGAGCGUCCCGAUGCACUUGUUCAUGCAGAGGUGCUAAAGCAUCGGGGUAGAGCCAUCGCAGGUCUCCAGCAUGCUCUUAAGGACGAGUCCAGUUGGGGCGUACCUGGGCACCCAGACGCUAUGCUAGCCACGUGCUAUAUUCUUGUCGCGCAGACCUCGCACAUGGCCGACGCUGCUCAUGAUUUCAGCGUUGCAGUCCGAGGCUGUGCAGUGGUGGAGGAGAAACUCAGAAGAGAGCAGAUUCAGACGGCCUUCGAGCUCGGCCUUAAAGACUUGCAUGGAAGGCUGACCAAGUCAUUGACUGCAGCACAUCCACGACUCGCUACUAUACCGACGCCAGACCUUGCUAUGAGUCUCGUCCGCGAGAUUCUUCCACACGUCAAGGACUUGGCAGCGUACCCAUUCGCACUUGCCAUCGAUCGUUGUUUGGCAAAGUUUCAGUACUCGCCUGCCGAAGCUUACACAGAAUCGCUCGCCAACUUCUCGCAAUGGUAUCACCUCGCUCUUGGCAUCGUCGAUUGCCUGCGCAGUCCAACAGAAGCGGUAUACGUCGUCGUCCUACAAGGCAUAUUGACCGCGAACAUGAUCUGGAUGAAAGUCCUUAUCCCACUCAUCCUAUGGCCGCGCCGUAGCGAGAAGACGAAUCCGUUUCCGCGUAAGGCGCUCUUCGAGGGCUCUUGCUGGGUCGAGUCAAUUGCCGAGUGGGUGCCACUACAGUAUCAGCACCUUCUUUCCUGGUCGAUUCGAGUCAUUGAUGCCAUCCCAAAGAAGCUGAUGAACACCUCAACAUGCAACUCAUCUGUACACAGUCGCGCCGCCAAUGUCUCAGCGAAACUCGAAACCCUGCAUAACAUCCACAACCACGCCCACAAGAUGCUCGGGAGCAUUCUUCGCCUCGCCUCGGAGCUCGUCUCUUGGUUCGAAGGCCAUGCGACUGCAAACCUCGGCACCAAGGACGACGACAGAGACAUGUCGUAUGGAGAGUUCGGACCCAUCCCAGUACCGCUAGGCCAGCUAAAUCAUUCGUUCUCUCGAGUGCUGAGGACGAAGAGAGGUCCUGAGCCUUCGCCGCUGGACGAGUCAGUGCUGGAUGAGGACGACUUUCCAUUUCUGUUGUUUUCGAGACUUGGCUGA